AUGAAUAUAAAUACAACUCAAGCAAACAGUCUUAUUCUUAAGAGAAUAAURCGUGGUUUGAAAUGGGAAAAUAUUACGCCCAAACGGAAGACGGGUAUUGUUGAUCACAGGACAGAAUUCGAAUUUCUUUUUUCUCCAGCCAACGAACCCUAUGCUAUGGCCAGGCUUAACGAAGCAAUUGCUGAGUACCACCAGAAAACAUGUAUUCGCUUUAAGAAGAGAACAACUGAGAGAGAUUAUGUUUCUGUGUACAAAGGAGGCGGGUGUUGGUCUUCUCUUGGAAAAACUGGAGGCAAACAGAAGAUCUCUCUAGGUGGUCUAUGCUGGAGCAAAGGAAUAGCAAUACACGAAUUUGGUCAUGCUCUUGGUUUCUUCCAUGAACAGUCUCGUCCAGAUCGAGACAACUACGUGGAAAUCAAAUUUGAAAACAUCCUUGAUGGAAAAAGAUCGAACUUCRAGAAGCAGUUUUCAGGCAUACACUCAGUGGGUACUCCCUACGAUUGUGAUAGCGUGAUGCAUUAUGGGUCAAGAKCUUUUUCUAAGAAUGGACUGCCAACAAUUGUACCCAAGAAACAAGGGGUGACCAUUGGACAAAGAAAUGGUUUAAGCGCAAUUGACGCCAUCCAGCUGAACAGAAUGUACAAAUGUGAAGGUGGUGCAUUCAAAUGCGAUUUUGAACGUGAAUGUGGAUUUACUCAACGAAAAGACGAUAAAUUUGAUUGGACAAGACGACAGUAUGGUACACCAUCAAUACAAACUGGACCAAGUGGAGACCACUCUACAGGAAAAGGUUUUUACAUGUACAUCGAGACUUCUUCCCCCCAAGUGAAAGGUGAUAAUGCUAUCAUCGAGAAGACGGUCACCAUCGGCAGAAACCAGUGUUUGACAUUCUAUUACCACAUGUAUGGUAACCACAUUGGUACUCUUAACGUCUUUGUCGGAACUUCUAAAGUGUUCACUCAAAGCGGACCCCAAGGAAACAUGUGGAUCAAAGGCAGUGUUCGAUUGUCACAAACAGGAACACAAACAGAAGAAGUUGAUGUAAAAUUUGACGUGCUAGGAGAACUUCUUCCAGAUCUAGAUGCAGAGGAACAGGAUGAAGGAAGGUUUUUUCAAGUUACUGAUCAUGACGUUGAUAAACGCAUUGAAGGAGAGCRAAACAAAAAUGCUAAGCGAAAGACGUACUACGACCUAAAACUUGUUAAGAAAUUCAUGCAAGAAGUCAAAAAGAGGAGAGAGAAAUCGAAGAUAUUCCUCCAAAUGAGCUGA